GUUCAAAUGAGAACCUGGCACAGACAAGCUCUGGAAAUACAUGAACGUUGAAUACAAUACCUUGAGAAAACAAUACAAGGAGAAAGCAUUAUGUCCAACGAAAGCAAGAUGAACAUCAACCUCCUAUUGCUUGGAAGGACGCAGAGUGGGAAAAGUGCCUCAGGAAACACCCUUUUAGGCAGCAUCGACUUCGCCAGCUACCUGUCCCCUUGUUCGGUGACCACAUCUUGCCGUCUAGGCAACAGCUGUCACAUUUCAGGUCUUGCACGCCGGAAUGGUAGCAAACUAGAAGUACAAAUGCAUGUACUAGACACUCCUGGAUAUCCUCACAGUAGCUUGAGCAAAGAGCAGGUAUGUCAAGAGGUGAAAAGUGCUUUAGCGCAGCACUUUGGAGAAAAGGGUCUGCAUUUGGCACUUUUGGUCCUGCGAGCUGAUGUCCCACUUUGUGAAGAGGAAGAUGACUGUACAACCCAGUUAGUUCAGGAACUUCUGGGUCCUUCUGGGUACCGGAAGGCUUAUACUGCUGGCCCGUAUUUACUCAUGCAGAUCGAAGCCGAGGACGGCUAA